CUGUAUAUAGGUAUACCAUCAUUUUUUAUAUUAGUACGAGCUAAUAUGGCGGAUUCUGGUACUGCAGACGAGCAAGCUGUCACGAAAAAUUUUGCAAAACCCAAGCGAAUCUUAAUUUUUAGUGGGAAAAGAAAAUCAGGAAAGGAUUUCAUUACUGACGAAUUAUUUAAGAGAUUAGGUAGCAAUAAAAGUGUAAUUAUAAAAUUAUCCGGACCAAUAAAGUGUCAUUGGGCAAAAGAAAAAAAUCUUGAUGCAGAGCAAUUAUUCAGUGAUGGAAAAUACAAAGAAUACUAUAGAUUAGAAAUGACAAAAUGGGGCGAAAGCAUGAGAAAAGAGGAUCAUGGAUACUUUUGCAAAGCUGCGAUUUUAAUGUACAAUGCAAAUGAUAAAGAUGUUUGGAUUGUAAGUGAUGCCAGGAGACAAACAGAUUUGAAGUGGUUCAAUGCAAAUUAUGGAGACAAAUGCAAAACAAUCAGAAUUGCAUGUGAUGAUGAAAUAAGGAAAAGCCGUGGUUGGGUGUUUACAAAAGGUAUCGACGACUCAGAGACAGAAUGCGAUCUUGAUGCUGUGAGCGAUUGGGAUUUAAAUAUUAACAACAGUGGCGAAGACAUGGAAACUAUUAUUGAAAUGUUGUACGAUGUUUUAAAAUAAAAUUACCAACAACAAUAUAGUGAAUCUGUUACUGAGUUCAAGUUUAAAAAGUGUAAAUAUUAAUAUGUAUUUUGUCAAGGUGCUGUAUAAUUUUUGUCUUUAUACAUACCGAUGUACAUAUCUUCUUUUAUUCUUAUAAUGUUAUAGUUGUAUGAAUUAAGACGAGUACUUUACCAUUAUCCGCUCUUCUUCCCAAGUAAGAGAGUUUUUCUUUUUUUAGGGUGAUUUUUAAACCAAUAAAAAAAUUUGUGUCGCAUCUCCGGCUCU